AUGCCAUCCAAAGUUGUUAAUUCCAUUAAUCCCUCUCCUUUAACUGUUGAACAAAGAAUCAGAGAAGAACUAAAAUUAGAUAAAGGUGUUAUCACUAUUAGACGUAACGCUCCAGCUGCAAUCCUUUAUGAAGAUGCCCUAAAAGAACGUAAUACUGUUAUUGAUGCUUCUGGUGCUUUGAUUGCUUACUCUGGUGAAAAGACUGGGAGAUCUCCAAAAGAUAAGAGAAUUGUUGAAGAAGAAACCUCUAAAGAUAAUGUUUGGUGGGGACCAGUCAAUAAACCAUGUUCUGAAAGAACGUGGGAGAUUAACAGAGAAAGAGCUGCUGACUACUUAAGAACUAGAGACCAUCUUUACAUCGUUGAUGCAUUUGCUGGUUGGGAUCCUAAAUACAGGAUCAAAGUCCGUGUUGUAUGUGCCAGAGCCUAUCAUGCUUUGUUUAUGACAAACAUGUUGAUCAGACCAACAGAAGAAGAAUUGAAGAAUUUUGGUGAACCAGAUUUCACUGUCUGGAAUGCUGGUCAGUUCCCUGCUAACACACAUACUCAGGAUAUGACUUCAAAGACUACUAUUGAAAUUAAUUUUAAAGCUAUGGAAAUGGUUAUCCUAGGUACUGAAUAUGCUGGCGAAAUGAAGAAAGGUAUUUUCACUGUUAUGUUUUAUUUGAUGCCUGUCCACCACAAUGUUUUAACUUUACACAGCUCUGCUAACCAAGGUAUUGACAAUGGUGACGUAACAUUAUUUUUUGGCUUAAGCGGUACUGGUAAGACUACCUUGUCUGCUGAUCCAAACAGACUAUUGAUUGGUGAUGAUGAACAUUGUUGGUCUGAUGAUGGUGUAUUCAACAUUGAAGGUGGUUGUUACGCUAAAUGUAUCGAUUUAUCCAUGGAAAAGGAACCAGAAAUCUUUAACGCUAUCAGGUUUGGUUCUGUCUUGGAAAAUGUUGUCUAUGACCCGGAGACUCGUGUUGUUAAUUACUCUGACUCUUCUAUUACUGAAAACACAAGAUGUGCCUAUCCGAUUGAGUACAUUCCAAGUGCUAAGAUCCCAUGCUUAGCUAAUGCACAUCCAAAAAACAUUAUUUUAUUGACUUGUGAUGCGUCUGGUGUUUUGCCUCCAGUUUCUAAGUUAUCCCCAGAACAAGUUAUGUAUCAUUUCAUUUCUGGUUACACCUCUAAGAUGGCUGGUACUGAGCAAGGCGUCACUGAACCGGAACCAACUUUCUCCUCCUGUUUUGGCCAGCCAUUUUUGGCAUUACACCCAAUCAGAUAUGCCAAGAUGCUUGCUUCUAAGAUGUCUGAACACAAAGCUGAUGCAUGGUUAAUCAAUACUGGUUGGACUGGUGCUUCUUAUGUGUCUGGUGGUAAACGUUGUCCAUUAAAAUACACUAGAGCUAUUCUUGAUGCUAUCCAUGAUGGCACUUUAGCUAAAGAAUCCUACGAAUUUUUACCAGUUUUCAACUUACAAGUCCCAACUCACGUUAACAACAUUCCGUCUGAGUUAUUGAAUCCGGCUAGAAACUGGUCACAAGGUGAAGCCAAAUAUGUUGCUGCUGUCAGCAAAUUAGCUGGUUUAUUCAUUGAAAACUUCAAGACUUAUCAAGAUAAGGCUACUAGCGAUGUUUUAGCUGCUGGUCCACAAUUAUGA